AGGACACCCUGAUUUCCCAUCUUUAUCGUAGGUCCCAAACGCAUCUGAAGAAGAGAACGCUGGUUAAUAGCUAGUUAGCGAUUGCGUAAAGAUGCAACUGGCUCUUAGUAAAACCUUUGGCCAGAAACCAGUUAAAUUUCAAUUAGAACCAGAUGGGGACUUUUACAUGGUUGGGUCUGAGGUUGGAAACUAUCUGCGCAUGUUCAGAGGCUCUCUGUAUAAAAGAUAUCCAUCUUUAUGGAGGAGGCUAGCCUCGGUGGAGGAGAGGAAGAAAAUCGUAGCAUCAUCACAUGCUACUAGUGUUACUCUGCUGAAGGCAUCAGAAUGUGAAGAGAUCUUCGAGGGUAAUGAUGAGAAGUACAAGGCGGUGUCCAUCAGCACAGAGCCCCCAGCUUACCUCAGGGAGCAGAAAGCAAAGAGGAGCAGUCAGUGGGUCCCCACGCUGCCCAACAGCUCUCACCAUUUAGAUGCUGUGCCUUGCUCCACCACCAUCAACCGUAACCGAAUGGGCCGUGACAAGAAGAGGACCUUCCCACUGUGCUUUGAUGACCACGACCCUGCAGUGAUCCAUGAGAAUGCAGCCCAGGUAGAAGCACUGGUUCCCAUUCGUCUAGACAUGGAAAUAGAUGGACAGAAAUUGCGAGAUGCCUUUACGUGGAACAUGAAUGAAAAACUGAUGACCCCAGAGAUGUUUGCAGAGAUUUUAUGUGAUGACUUGGACCUGAAUCCUCUGGCCUUUGUCCCCGCCAUUGCCUCAGCCAUUCGUCAGCAGAUUGAGUCCUACCCCACUGACAGUAUACUGGAAGAGCAGGCAGACCAGAGAGUCAUCAUCAAGCUGAACAUCCACGUGGGGAACAUUUCUUUGGUGGACCAAUUUGAGUGGGACAUGUCAGAGAGAGAGAAUUCGCCGGAGUCAUUUGCACUGAAGCUGUGCUCUGAGCUGGGUCUGGGUGGAGAGUUUGUAACUACUAUCGCCUACAGCAUUCGUGGUCAGCUCAGCUGGCACCAGAGGACCUAUGCCUUCAGUGAGAACCCACUCCCGACAGUAGAGAUUGCCAUCCGCAACACAGGUGAUGCAGACCAGUGGUGCCCCCUCCUGGAGACCCUCACAGAUGCUGAAAUGGAGAAGAAGAUCCGAGACCAAGACAGAAACACAAGGCGUAUGAGACGACUGGCCAACACUGCUCCUUCCUGGUAGAAAAAGACAUGAAGCUGCAUGAGAUGACGUGUCCUCUGGAGACUCCUGGUACUCUGAAAUGAUCACGAAAUACACACAAAGUCUCUCACACACACACACACACACACACACACACACACACGGAUGUUCCUGUAAGCAUGACUGCACUCACAGACACGUUGUCAGUCUCCAUGGACACCUCACUGUCUGAACACAACACACAAAUCCAGGCAUUCCUCUGCACACACAGUAUGCCGUCAUUAUGUUUCACCUUGCCUUCAGCACAUCAGUCAUAGCAACAGUUCAAAUCUAACCCUAACUAAAAGUUCCACACACCACACCAUGCAACAUUCACACUGUGCAUGUUAAGUCAAAACACUUGGCAUUACAGUACGAUGACUGAUUGUAAUGUAUCUGUAUGAAUACAAUAUGGACAUUGUUUGUAUAACAUCAUCAGGGCAACUCUUACAACAAUCAUUUUAAAUUAUUCAGACCUGUAUUACAUCUGUAUGUAGUACUGCACUAUAGGUGUUUUUCAUCAUUGUCACAGUAAUAUUAAUGAUUAAUAUUAAUGACACCUGUGUUUUCCAGAUAUGACAAGUCAAAGGCCCAAUUGAUACAAAAUCUCUUAUUUGAAGACACUCUUAUUUACAUUCAGCAACAUACAGACAGGUGACAAAUUGAAGAAAAAAACAACAUAAAGUGUCUUAGUUAGGUGUUGGAACACCAUUCUUCCAAAAGAAGAUAGUGCUUUGAUGGUUGGUGAUAUGGAGCCCUGUCUAACACGUCAGUCCUAAAUAUACCCUAGGUGUUCAAUUGGUUUGAGAUCAGGGGACUGCAAAGGCCAAUGAUUCGCAUAAUUUUCAUACUCCGCAACCAUUCAGUGACCCCUCGUGCCCUAUGGAUAGUGAUAUUGUGAUCCUGGAAGAGACCACUGCCAUUAGAAUAGAAAUGUUUCACCAUAGGAUAAAGAUGGUCUCUCAGAACAACUUUGUAUUGAUUUGGAUGACCCUUCCCUCUAGGGGACAAGUCGACACAAAUCAUGCCAGCCAAAUGCCCACCACAGCAUAACUGAGCCACCAGAUCCCCUCACUGUAGGGGUCAAGCAUUCAGAAUUUAUCGUUCUCUUGGUGUACGCCACACAUGAACUCGUCCACUUGUCGAGAAUAUGAUGAAGGAUGAUUCAUCUGACCAAAUAAUUUUUUUCCACAUCUCUGUCUGGUUUUUACACCACUGAACUUUCAAAUGUGCAUUCAUCUUUGUAAUGAGAGGUGUAUGCACUCCAUCUCUAUGUAAUUGUAAAGGGACUUUUCUUGCUGACACAGUCUGAUCACAUCCUGCAUUGACAUUCCCAGUCACCUUAGGAAGAAUUGCUCUUCUUUUUUUCUUUACAUUUUGCACUAAUGCACGAGCAUCACGAUCAUCAAAUGUCUUUUUCUGACCCUAUUUACUGAUGUCUUUCCCAUAGAUCAAAAUGUACUUUAGAUCACUGUUCCUUUUGAAACACUAACCAGUUGAACUGUCUUUGUGACUGAAGCUCCUGCCAUCCAUGUCCCAACAAUGAACCUUCUUUCAAAGUUACUUAUGCUGCGUUCAGACUGCAGGCCUUAAUGCUCAAUUACGAUUUUUUUUUAGAUCCGAUUUUAUUUAUGUUGCCCGCAUCAGACUCAAGUACUGGGCACGGCCUGAAAGUGACCCACAUGCGCAAAUGAGUAAUUCAGCGUCACGCAUCGCACCCUGUUUUAAUGCUCAUCAAAAUAAACCCAUGGAUGUAUUAAGAGAACCAAAGAGAUGUAAAUAUUAUGUAGUGCUCCUAGCUACCGCUAGCUACUAGCCGAUAGCCGGCAGUUUGGGAAGAGAGACGUUAACAACGUUAUAUCCGUGCUACACUUUACAGCAUACAGUCCUCGGAUGUAUUGUAAGAUAAUACAAAUGAUGAAUUACAGCCAUAUAUCCCUGAUUACAGCUACAGGAACUGGGAUGAACCGUCAUGAGCCUGCAGAGUAGUCCCAUGGGUCUGCUCACGUUAAUUUUGUGCGUGCAUUAUGCCUAGUUAAAUAUAUCUGGAUUUGGCUAUUAUUGCAUGUUACAACUUUUAAAACAUAAUGAUUUAAAUGAGGACUAUUUAAGUGUUAGUACUGGUAAGUUGAUGUAACUCAAAAACAUUUAUUCACUGAUAUAUAGACGUGUCUUUCGCCAUGUAAAGUCUAUGGGGAAGUCGUAUGAAUUCCGAUCUGUCUGUCCAGACUCAGUUCGCAUUUUUUUAAAUAUCCAACCUGGAACAGAUUUGAAAUCAGAACUGGAAAAGAUCGGAUGCCAUGUGAGUUGGGCUGUUUAAACUGUCGGAUAAUUGGAUUUGUGUCACUUUUGCCUGCAGGCUGAACGUAGCCUUACAUCAUUUUAUACAAGCCACAGAGCAUGACCGGAGGUUACUUGCUUAAUUGUACCAUGUAGUGUACCUGUGUGGAAGCUUCUGCAUUCAUUAUGUUUCCCUACUCAUUUAUUCAGGUUUGUCCUUUUAUUCAGGUUUGUCCUUUAAUUUGUCACCUGUGUGUAUAUGCGCCUCUGUUGGGCAGAUCUCCAAUCUGUUUGCAAUCCAUCUUUGUUUUCUCGGCUACGUGUAAAUCAGGUUCAGCCCUUCUCCAGUCCAGAAGUAGGUAAUGCAACUGAAGCUGACUGGUAACUGCUAAAAACGCCACAAGAAGAAUAUCUUCUGCACUUUAGCAGUUUGGUUACAAUAGUUUAGCUAGCAAUGGCUAACAACUAUCCAUAAGCUAUCACAAACAUAUGAAUGAAUGUUACGUAUGAACUAUGGGUGAGAUAAAGGUUUUUUAUCGUCUUCAUGAAUCGUGCCGCUCCCCCACCCCAUACAGAUAAAUGCUAUAAACCCACACAAAUCAUCAGAUCAACUUUACAGUAUCUUGGUGCACCUUGUAUUUUAUCGUGUGUGGAGAAAUGGCUGGAGCUGUUUUGCUUUUGCUUUUCAGCAUCAUGUUAGUGUAACUUCAGCUGCUAUUAUUACAAAGACAGAGGAGACAUACUGUUGAUAUAAUUUAAAAAUAAGACAAUAAAUGGAUAUAUCCACAGACUGCUUACUGACAUAAGUAUACUAUUGGAGUAAAGAUUACGGAUGUGUCUUGGAGAGAUGGAUUAAUUAUUUGUUGAUCCAUAUUCUCACAUGCAACAAAUGUUUUCCACAGCAGACAAAAGAGCAGAAAUGGGCCUGGCACCACUAGUUGCCAGUUGUAUUUUGUCACCCUCUGUCUUGUUAUGUAGAAAAAUAGCAAAAACUAUGUUAUUGGCUGUUGUUUCAGACGAAUGGACAGCGCUGUUUGUUGUGUUUAAGGCGUGGGUGUAGGAGCAGCGCUGUCCAUCUGAAACAGAGCUCGUUAGACAGACUGACAGAACACAUCACUUAGUUUAAGCAUAAAAUUUUCCCUCCAUUUUAGCAAUCCACAGAAGGAAAAUGACAGGGUAGUGAAGGGACAGUCAACAAGAGAGAAAGAGAGGGGCAAGCCGCAAACAGCUGUUUUUAAGCUCAUAUGAUUCGUUCAUAGAUUCAAAAAAUAUUUAGCGCUCUGCUAGUACUACAUUCUGAAGUGAGUGUUCUGAUUAAGAGGUGUAUUCCAAAAUAGGCUAUAUAUCAUGAUUUAUUAGGAGAAACCAAGUAAUUCUAUAUAAAAUCAGACAUUCAGCACCCCCAUAUAGCCCGGAUGGAAUGAUCCUUGUUUUUAUAA